CGGCGAUUGUGAAGAAUCAGCAUUCUGGUGUGGCAGCCCCCCAACCCCCUGACUUCCCCAUUGGUGAAGCCUUCUAAAAAACGGAAGCAGGCGCUACCAUUUUGAAACACGGCACUGCUUAGCUCCACUAUGGACAAGAGCAACACGGUGAAGCUCUUCGUGGGCAACCUGGCUCUAGACACCACCCAGGAGGAGCUAUCGGCCAUCUUUGAGGCGUACGGCCAGGUGGUCAGUUGCAGCGUUCUCCGACAGUUCGCCUUCGUACACCUACAGGGUGAGGGGGCUGCAGAGCGGGCCAUCAGGGAGCUGAACGGCAGGGAGUUCCGGGGGAGGAACCUGGUGGUGGAGGAGUCCCGGGGCAGACCGCUCCACUCCACCAAGGUGUUUGUGGGGAACCUGUCGGGCAUGUGCACCACCGAGGACCUCCAGGAGCUCUUCCAGACCUUUGGUAAAGUGCUGGAGUGCGACAAAGUCAAAGCCAGGCUCUCCUCUUCUGCAGGCUACGCCUUCGUGCACAUGGAGAACAAGGAGGAGGCUCUUCAGGCCAUCGAGGCCCUUCACGGCACCUCCUUCAAGGGACGCCCGCUCUCCGUGGAGCUCUCCAAGGUGCAGCCCUCCAAGCAGACCCCGACGGGGAAGAUCCCCUGUGUGAGCUGUGGGAAGCAGGGCCACUAUGCCGGGGAGUGCCCUGUAGGGAAGUCCUCUCUGGAACAGUACCAGAGCCAGGCAGCUGUGUUAGCUGCAGCCGCCGCCGCCGCAGCCGGUCUGCCCCUCCAGGUCCAGCAAAGCGUCCACAACUCUGUCUACAACACCUCGACCUUUGACCCCACCUACGCAGCGUUGACGGGCCUCACCACCGGCACGCGGGCGGAAGGAAACCCCGUCAACCAGGCGGUGUAUGGUGCCCUGGCGACGCAGGUCUACGGCGCUAACGUGGCCAAUCAGCUCUAUGGGGUCCAGGCAGCCAAUCAGGCGGCAGCGUUGACGCAGGCGGGCGCCACGCAGGUGUACGCCAGCUCCAUGAACCCCAGCCACGCCGCUCUCUACGGUCAGCUCAGUCAGAUUGCCGCCAGCCCCGCUGCAGCAUCCGCUGCUGCCGCCUACUCCACGCCAGUUUACGCGCAUGCCAUGGCUAACCACCACCACCCGGGGGCCAUCUACCUGGCUGCACCUGGCGUAGAGAUGCCUGCGGCUGCCGCGGCAGUCAACCAGGCCUACGCCAUGGCGCCGGCGCUCUAUGGGGGCGCCCAGCAUGCCUACGGCCACUUGGGGAUGGGUGCCGCCAUGAGCGCAUCGGCGGACCCGUCGGCGGCCAUCUUUGAAGCGGCGAGGGUUCAGCACUACUUUGCCCAGGGACAGCAGGUUCUGGCCGAGCAGCAGAACGCGGCGGCAGUGGCUGCGGCACAAGCGGCAAAGUCUGGAGAGCGGGACCGGAGUCCCCUGAGGCGCUCUGCGGGGUCUCUGCUGCCCGAUCCCGUCAUGAAGCCCUUCAUGUACCAGAGAGCCCCUAAGCAACGCCGGCCGCUGCUCCCCACCCCCGCCGGGCGAGCUGCAGAGGAAGCAGCGGAGGCUGGAGAGGACCCCAUGGCUAGAGAGCAGUGCCAACAGUACGCUGAAUACAACCACCAACAGUACCAGCAGCUCCAGCACUUACAAGAGCAGUACCAACAGUAUGCUGAGUACUACCACCAGCAGCACCAACAGCACCAGCAGCUCCAGCAGCUACAGUACUAUGCAGAGUACUACCAGCAGUACCAGCAGUAUCAGCAACUCCAGCAGUACCAGCAACUCCAACAGUACCAGCAACUCCAACAGCUCCAGUAUGCCUACCCGCCUCCCAACCACCACGCCAUGGCUGCCAUCCCUGCCCACGCCAUGGCGGGCCACGCCCACCACCACGGCCAACCGGCCCACGUCACGGCGCUGGACGCCGCCCUCAGGCCAGUGGUGCCCGCCUCCGCCGUGGCCGCCGCCAUGGUGGCAGCGCCCAGAGUACACAUAUGACUGGGGACCAGGGUGGCAGAGACAAGGAGGAGUAGCGUCUGUGUGUGCCCCCCCUAGUCUGCCUCGUGGAUGGGGUAAGUCUGGUCUGGGGUCAGCGCUUCUCUCUCCAGCCUCACCCAAACUCUAGGCCUAUAGCGCAGUGAGACAGACCCUGGGUGCCAAUAAUAUAUAUUUUCUCCUCAACUGUGCACUUGUUCACAUCCCUUUACUGUUGCGAGAGGAAAUUAGGAUGUUUUUAUGGUGCCAACUCCUAGGCCAGGUGUAUUCAACUCUGACCCUACGAUGUCCGGGUCCUGCUUGUGUUCUAUUAUACCUGAUCAUUAAUUGCACCCGCCUGGUGUCCCAGGUCUAAACCAGGCUUUGACAUCCAGAGUUGAGUUUGAGGGUUCUAGGCCAUGUCUCUGCUAAUGAACAAGUGUAUACUUUAGGAGGAAAGAGACCUGGGACAUAACCCCUCGCAGGUACAUCAACAAGGCAUCUACUGUGUUACCAUGCUGUUACCAUGCGCUCAUGUCUGAAAACAGCUUCCGUCACCUCUGAUCUUUUUGAUUUCCACUUCGUGCCAAACUAGUGUCGAUUUCAUGUCAUUUUAAUUGCAGAUUCACUGUUGAGUAGAGUGGCGCGCAAUACUUGCUUGCAGAUGACUCCUUGUUUUAACAAUGGGUGGACAAACACAAAACAUCAGAGACCUGGGGAGAGGCACACAGAUAGAAUGAUUGUGGGGGGGGGGGGGCUUGUGUGUCUGCUCCUACCCAACAACCUCACCACCAACACCAUGUGUCUGUCUCUGCUGUGUUGGAUGUGCAUGUCACUCUGCUCUCUGUCCAAAGCCCCGUACAUACUGACCUACUAUUCCAACUGAAAUAGGUACCGGCCGCCCAGACACCACCCAGCAGGUGUGAGGUGAGAGUGGGAAGACAAUAAACUUCGCGCAGGCUAAUGGGAAGUGGGAACUCAAUCUUCUCCACCAAGGUAAUGAAACAGCACUGUCCCCCUCUCUGACUGUGCCUUGACCGAAACACCCCUUCCUCGUCCGCCAUCACCCCCCCUCCCCCCCUCUGUAGCUCCCCUCUCACCUGCGUUGACAUUGCCCGGGGGGCUUCUUUUGGGGGUCACUGCUCACGCUGUGAUGUCUUCUACCAGACUUCCAGUGACUUGUCCUGUCUCUCACCAUGCAGCACCUACAGUGACUGGGCUGUCAGUCUCUCUCUGUCGUGCUGAUGUGUGUCUGAGAGAGACUGUGUGUGUGUGUGACUGACUGUGACUACAUGUUUGGGAGCCAGAGACCGUGUGUGUAGUUCAAAGAGUGAGUGAGUGUGUCACUGAAUCUCCGUGUCUGAGAGAGUGUGUGUGUGAUGUCGUUGGUGUUUUGAGGCUUGAUACAUGUGGAUCCCCCGCCCUCGCUAGUGACUCCUACACCGCCGUAUUCGCCGCCCCUCCCCCCAACCCAUCCCCCUCUGCGCCUGUCCGCCGUACACAGCUUGCUGCCGCCGCCGCCUGCCGCCAUCUUGGAUCUAGGCUGGGCUCUGUGGAUCAGCAGCCCCCGACUGGCCACACCCACCCCUGGCUAAUGCUGUAACCAUAGAGACCUAGUGAAUGACAAUGGACACCGUGUAUGGUGGCCUAGUGGGGUCACACGGCUGGACAGAGUAUAAACUCAUCAGACACUUUGUAGGGCGAGAGUUUUUUUGCUUUGCUAAAACUGUGAUGCUGGGUUUGCCAUGGCUGUGUAUGGGAGUUUAAUCACUAUUCACCACCUCCUUGCAGUUGAAUGACUCAAGUCAAACUUAUCUAAUUAAAUCCGAUAAACUGACCUUGCUCUGGAGGAUAACAUUUGGAAUAGGUUUUUUAACAGCAAGUUCCCUAUGGCCCUCUCGCCCUAUCAAAAACGUCCUAUAAGAUAGACCGGCCCAAUAAGGGCCCAACUACCUGCAGAUUCACUGUAAUCUCAGGACUCCUAGGACUUCUUUGGUAUGGGGACUUUUUCUCUCCUCGAGGUAGCUGCUGUCCCUACACCAACCCGCUGUACCUGUGGGUUGCAAUGCGUAUCUCUGAAUCUCCUCCUCCUGUUGAGAUGAUUGAAUACACACACACCCACUCAUCUGAGGUGUCCGGCAUGAACAGCUGAGUAGUGUGUUGCCGGUGGGGGGCAGAGACGAGAGUCUCCACCUCUGUCUUAUGAAUGAAGUUAAGGAAAGGAUGGAUGGAUGGAUGGAAGGAAGGUGAGUUGGUAAUGUAGGGAUCUCCAGCUCUGAUCCAUCCCUGUUCCCUAACUCUUCUAUCCUGACCAUGGGGGGCCCUACACGAAAGUCAUAAACACUGGUGCUGCACAAAAUAAACUGAGUCGUCUACCACUGCACCAGAUGGUUUUUAAUGCGUUUUGGGGGGUAAUCGAUACAAAUCCCCCCUUAAGGUUCACCAAAAUACAACUGAUUCUUCAAUCUCCAUGAUCAGGAUGUGAUGCUCUUUCCCACACAGACACCUCGCACUCUGACCUGGAUGUGUGGAGUCUGACUUUCUCUGGUGUUUGAGUAAAUGUAGCCAGCCAAGAAGUUCUCCUGGUCUGCUCUCUAUUGUCUCACACUGACUGACAACCUCAUGGCUGCUCCCUCUCUCUUCACAGUACAGGAGAGGGAAGCCAUCAAUGCUGCCUUACACAUAGACACACACUCAAAGUAUACCAUGUCUCCAAUACCAAUCCCAUGGUUUUAAAUCCUCACGGAGUGAACGAGUGCACAUUUCAAAGGGAGGGGACAGAAUUGGAAUUGGGCCACAGUUUUGUGCCCUGGGUCGACACCCAAGUCUACUGUCGUUCACACUUAAUACCGUUGUUGCCCAAAUGCUACCUAGUCACAUCAAAUAUUAUAUUCUCACAAUCAAGAACUUACUUGUAACUAUGCUGUAACUAAGUUGACUUAAUUGAGAAUCUGGGCCCAGUCAAGUGUAGUUACAGUGUAAUGGUGUGUGAUUACAUGUGGUUAUGGAAGAAGCUAUAUAUAGACUUACAGUAUAAAGGCAGCUUGAUGUAGUGCUAGCUCGUAUUGUUAUCUAAUACCUAUGAUCUUACUCUGAGGCCUUUCAGUUCUCUUGGUGUUGGAGGAGACAUUUUUAGGGAGAAAGAGCAUCAUUGUACACCAAACUGGAUUGUUCUGGCGAUGUUUUGCAAUGGAUCGAUGUUGAGUCAUUUGUUACUUUAAGCACAUUUAUAGGAAAAACUCAAACAAAGAAUCAGCAUGCUUGACGGAGAUGAAGGGGGACAUUUCCACGGUGCAAAAUGGUUCACAUCUGUCAAAAGAAAAACCUGAAAACACAUUAUAAUCUGGCAGUGUGAUUUUAAUUUGACAUUGUUCUUCAAUGUGCAUUAUAAGAAAGUGCAUAAACUAGUUUACUAUACUAAGCAAGGCAUGAAAAGUGGCCUUUUUAUAACGCACAUUGCUGAAUAAGUGUCCAAUUAAAUCACACUUCCAGAUAAUGAGUUUUAAAGGAUUUUUGCACCAUGAAAAUGUUGCCCAUAAUGUAUUAUGACUAAUGAAUAACCCCAAUUGACUAUAAUGUAUACUCCCUUUCUCCUUGCCUUGCUUAUGUCUUGAGGCACUGUACCGUCUGCAUGGCAUUCCCAAAUAAAUGAG